AAACCAAUCGAAAUGUAUUAAGGAGGAGUUCUAAAUUGUGAUACGUCCAACUUGAAGAUGACGUAUCAGACCUGAAGAUAAAAGCAACGCGCAUACUGCAAUCUGCGCUUUCACAGUAUGGCCGGCGAUAUUAGCUAGCACUCGCUCACAGUAUUCUCUGUAAAGGGGAAGACCGUAAAACCAAGAAACUACAUCUGGAUUGCUAAAGGACUGUACCUAGACAAUAACUUAUAACUAUCAAGCAAGGACUAAUUAAGUUGAGAAAAAUAACCAACGUAUAAUUUCUGUUGUUGGUGUCUGUUGUCUCACGAUGGAAGAGAACGGUGCACACUUCUUCGAAGGGACCGAGAAGCUGUUGGAGGUGUGGUUCUCCCGGCAAGAUGAGACCAAAGGAACUGGGGACCUCCGCACCAUCCCAAGGUUUGAGUGGGACAAACUUCUGGAGAAUGUGCAUUGUUUGAUCAUUAGUGUGACAAAAACUGACAAGCAGGAAGCUUAUAUACUCAGUGAGAGUAGCAUGUUUGUCUCCAAGAGACGUUUCAUUUUGAAGACAUGUGGUACCACCCUCUUACUUCAAGCGCUGGUGCCCCUGCUGGAGCUCGCCAGAGAGUACUGCGGCUUUGAUGCCAUCGAGAAUUUCUUCUAUUCUCGCAAGAACUUCAUGAAGCCCAGCCAUCAGGAGUUCCCUCACCGGAAUUUCCAGGAAGAAGUGGAUUUUCUGAGCCAGAUUUUUCCAAAUGGAGCAGCCUACUGUAUGGGUCGUUUGAAUUCUGACUGCUGGUACCUUUUUACUCUGGAUCUGCCAGAGUUCUGGGAGAACAAGCAUGCGGAUCAGACCCUGGAAGUUCUGAUGAGUGAUCUCGACCCAGCGGUGAUGGACCAGUUCUACAUGAAAGACGGUGUUUCUGCAAAUGAUGUCACUCGUAUGAGUGGAAUUCGUGACCUGAUCCCAGGUUCUGUGAUUGAUGCCACAAUGUUCAAUCCUUGUGGAUAUUCAAUGAAUGGAAUGAAAACGGAUGGAACUUACUGGACGAUCCACAUCACUCCAGAGCCAGAGUUCUCUUACGUUAGCUUUGAAACCAACCUCUCCCAAAGUUCCUACGAGGAUCUCAUCCGCAAGGUUGUGGAUGUCUUCCAGCCAGGGAAAUUUGUGACUACGCUUUUUGUCAACCAGAGCUCCAAGUGUCGCAGUGUUUUCUCCUCCGCCCAGAAACUCGAGGGCUACAAGCGCCUGGAUCGCCAGUUGGCCCAGUUCAACGAUUACAAUUUUGUUUUUAACAGUUACGCCAAGAACCGCCAGCAGAACCAGCAGAGCUGAACGAGAGAAAUGAAGAAAAAGCGUAAAAAGAAAGCCGGCCGCCGAGAGCGAUUGCUCGGUCGCCGUCUUCCUCCUCCUCCUCCUCUUUCUCCUACUUCUAUUUCUUCUGUUCUUCUGACAUUCUGUGUCGAGGUUCUUGGCCAUGAUAAGGAUGAUAGCACCGCGGCCAAGAGGUUUAGUUUCCCCCUGUCCAGUUUGAAUCGUAUGCCUACUACUUGUACCUUUGACUUAGCCCUCUUGCAUGAAAGCUCUCCUGUUCGUGUAGAUAUCCUAGCUCACUCUUGCUGUGAUCUUGAAGUGCAUGUAGAGGAAUUACAGCAGCUCGUUUUGGGGCGGUGGGCAAGGGGGCGUCGCCCUCCUUUCCGCCGCCACGGGCCCUUCCUGCAGGUGUCCCCCCUCAUCCCCCACAGACAAGGCUUCCGCGCUCACUAGGCCUGUACCCUGGCAUGCUGAGAUUGGGCCCCCAAGACUGCUAACGCGCGUUGUGUGGGUCCACCCAACCACUCCGCCUCGCAGUUCUCCAUGACCUCCUCCUUCCUCAUCCUACUCCUGCUCUGUCUCAAGUUGAAGCUCACUGUGCAAUUUUUUUUUUCUCUCUAAUAAUAACCCCUCCGGAUGAAGCAUCUUUGCCAUAAUUAGGGCAGGGUUGGGUUAGCUUCCGCCCCCGUUUCUCUCCCCGUGUGUGUGUGUGUGUGUGUGUGGUGUGGUUGUAUCUCUUGCACACAGGGUUCCUCUCACCAUGAAACCCUUUGCAUGCUACAGGGAUAGCGAUUUGGCUUUUCAAUUAAACUACACUCAUUUACCACCAUGUAAUAAUGGCAGUUUUCAAGGCAAAUUAAAAAAAAUAAUAAUAAAUAAGUAAAUAAUUUAUUUAUUUUAUGAAGUAUUAGGCCCAUGGGGAGAAAUGCUGAUGGAUGUGCUUGAUUUGAAUUCUCCAUGGAGUUGGAGCCCCCUGCUCGUAGGCUGUUUGUUAAUUGGGUCGGCUCUCCUACGGUUUGUCUGCCUUAGCUCCCCCCUGACAAUUGGCUAAAAAUAAAAUGCUUUUCAGAGCACCAGUCCCCGAAUUGAAACAUGCCUUGUGUUUGGUUGGUCAACUAAGUAGAUAUGCAAUGUGUACAAUUGGCUGGCACUUUUUUUACGCCAACUGUCAGGCCCGUUGAACUAGGAUGUAGUCCACCCCUCAUUUGAGAUUCCACCACUAAUAUGUAGUCAUGCAAUUUGCUGACAACAUAGGUGUCCACCACUAACUGUUGGUUAGCUUUCAGUUCAGGUGUUUCUGUUCUGGUCCAAAUUGAAUGUAGAUGUUUAAAAAAAAUGUGUGAGUGAGUUUGAAUGUAGUUUCUUUUGAAAAGCGAAAUCUGGGAGAAUAAAAUGAUAACGGAUGGUCCUAGUUGGCCUUUUCUGAGGAAUGUUUAUAAGCUGAGGACCCCAUAGAUGUGGGCCCUACACAUAGCCUCGCCAAAUGUCACUGUACUUAUUGUUUGAAGGAAGGUGGGUGUGGGUUGUGGAGUCUCCUUGACCCCUACCCUCGCCCACUGCCCCACCCCCCUCCCCGAACGAUGCUUGACCACCGCUGUGCGACUGCCCUCUCGACUGCCCUCUCUCGCUGAAUGAAUUGGGACUCUUUUGCUUAGAGCAGCGCUAGCCCAGCAAAGCACUUUCUCUUUCGUUAAACAAUGUCUGUCCAGCUCUGACCCGCCGCCCUCUCGUGUUACCAUCACUUUUUUUUUUCUUUUUUUUUCUGUGUCUGUCGCUUUCCCCCUCCCGUUUAGAAAUUGGUGACCAACACAAUGGGUUACAACCAAUCUGAGCAUGCCAGGGUCACCCCGGAUCAUUCCACACUAAACUGUUGCAUAAACUGCCGUUUUAUUAAUUUUAUUGUGCACAGACGUUUUUUUUUUCUCUCUCCCUGCCCCGCUGUCAUGAACAGGUCCCCUAAAUGUGACUCCACUGCACUUUUUUUGGAGUUCGCAUCAAUGCCCCUUUUGUUUACGUCGACGGAAAGAUCCUGUGUUCCAAUGGUGCAUGUGACUACUAGUGCUGUAUUGCUUGACAGUUGUAUGUGCUGCAUUUCUCGUUCCUCAUGUAUAAGUAAAGAAAAAAAAAACAGAAAGAUAAGGAAAAAAAUGUAAAAUCAAUGUCCUUUUUCCUCACUUCUUGUUUAGUUACAUAAAAAUGUAUAAAAAGAGAAAAAAAACUGUAGAUAGGAUCGGGGCAUCCUGAUAAUGUUUGAGAACAGGUGGUGACUCCUUCCUAAUAUAUAUAUAUAUAUAUAAAUAUAUAUAAAAUAUAUAUUUUUUUGUUUCUUUUCUUUUUUGAUUAUUCCCAUCUAAAGUGCUGAAAGCAGGUCUGUGACUAUUCAGUUGGUGUUGAAACAAACCCGUGUGGGCUUUUGUCAUUCGAUUGCAGUUUUGCUGAAAGGCAUUUUGAAGAGGGGACUGUUCUUUUCCAUUGGCCAGUCAGUAGUCUUCAUGAAGCUUCUCCCGCCAGAGAUUGCAGACUGAGUGGUGAAAUUUGCUGACUUGAGAGCAGGAGAGGAGACCAGUUUUUAGUGGAGUUGAGUAGGAGAGUUGGAGACUCAAGCCCUGAACUGCUUUCAACACUGGGAUAUUUUUUAAAAUGUAUUUUUAUUUUGAAAAGGAUAGGAAUUCGGUUUAGGUAGAGGUGGGAGAGAGGGAGACAACACGGAUAAGCUCCUAUAAGACUCUGAAAGGAUGCGAGUUGCACACUGUUGAAACCGACACAGACUUAGUUUCUGAAGAAGAAUGUGAUAUUACAAGCGGACCACUUCAAUGAAGCGACGCGUUCGCAAGGCAAGGACCUGUGCAAUGUUGACAAUUGGCACAGUCUCCUCCAGUAAGGCCUGUUGUGGAUUGAGGAGUGGGUUUUGUUCAAUUUUCACUUUGGCAGAGGACCAACCAAGCCAGCUCUUUGCCUUCCGAUCGCGCUAGGCUUCAGUAUCGCCAUAGUUAUAGAGGCAGCCAUAGUUCUACAGGAGCGUAUAUAUUGUACUAGCGGACAUUAGCAUAAGCACUGUCAAACACAAGAUUUUAUUUUCUGGAUGAAGUCAUAUUUUGGAGCGAAAGUUUGAGAAGUGGUUAAUUCAAGUUGACGAAGUUUGGAGCAUUAUGGGGUUUUUUGUUUCGUUUACUUUCUAAAUAUACAAGAUGACUAAUGACAUUUUUUGCAGUCAAGCUAUUUUUUUACAAUACAUUUUUGUAAGGGAUGCGUUUCUGCUGCGGACCAAUAACAUAGGGUUUUUUUGUCUGUAUUUUUUUUAUUUUGGAUGUUAAAAACUUUGGUGUUCCAAACUUUAAUUUGUUCUGAAGUUAAGCGGCUAGAUAAUCAAUCAUGUUUUUUUUCUUUUCUUUUCUUAUUUUUCCUCUUUCUCUGCCUUCCCCUGGUGUCGUUGAGAUCCCUGGGGAAAGCAGAAACCACCAGCCUCCUCUCUUGUGGGGAAGGAUGCCAUGACAGGAUUUGGUAUCAGGAUGUUUCGAAGGGAAGACUUUGCUGUUCUAAUUCUCUUGCUAUUCUCUGCUUGGUCAAGAUGUGCUAAAUAUAUCUGUACUGAGCUUGAUGCUUUAAUAAAAAAGAAAAUAAAAUCCA